AUGCAGAAUACUGUAGCUAUACCCUUCAGUUUUCUUCAUCUCCACCACACUGUGAACAACCCCGACAAGUACGAUAGAAAGCUGGUCUUGGAGGCCUGGAAGCCUUCAUCUCCUGAGCCUCUCCCCAUGCUUUUCAGGAGUGCACAGCCAAAGAACAACCGUCAAAGUCAACAUUUACGUGAAAUUCCUGGGGCUGACGACAACAACAAGCGAAUCCUGAUGGGCCCUGGCCAAAGCUGCUGUGCCCUGGCUAUCCUGCUGGCAAUUGUGAACUUCCAACAUGGUGGAUGCAUUCAUGUCACCAGCUCAGCAUCCCUGAAAGGAGGGCAACUGGACUUCACCUGUACUUUGUGGCACAAGAAAGACGAAGCUGAGGGGCUAAUACUCUUCUGGUGCAAAGACAGACCUCAUAACUGUUCCCCUGAGAACAGUUUAGAACAGCUAAGGGUUAAAAGAGAUCCUGGGACAGAUGGUAUCACUGAAAAGUCAUCUCAGUUGGUGUUUACCAUAGAACAAGCUAUACCAUCAGACAGUGGGACCUACCAGUGCUGUGCCAAAAGCCAGAAGCCAGAAUUCUAUAUUCAUGGACAUUUUCUCUCUGUUCUAGUCACAGGGAACCACACAGAGAUAAGACAGAGACAAAGGUCACACCCUGACUUCAGCCACAUCAACGGCACUCUCAGUUCAGGCUUCCUGCAAGUAAAGGCUUGGGGGAUGCUGGUCACCAGCCUGGUGGCCCUUCAAGCUCCACAAACCUUAUGACAAUGAGAAAACAAAAACUUCAGAGGAAGGUACAGUGAGGUAAAUCUGACAAUGUGCACAGAGAAGACUGGUCCAUAGAACGGAUGCCGGGUACUCCAAGCACCUGGAGGGCCAGCGAGAUGGUCAAGAAGUAAAGGUGCCUGCCUGCACAUUUCAGGUCAAGCCUGUGUGCCCACAUGGUGGAGGGACAGAACUGACCCCCACAACCUGUCCUCUGAUCUCCACUGGAGUGCCAUGCCUCCACCCCAGCCAACAAAAACAUCCCAAGAAUCUGGUAGAGCAGUUGGUAUACUCCUGAAUUUCCUCCCUUACUGCCAGAGCAAGGUUGGCUUCUCUCACCUCGGUGCCAAUAAAGAAAAUGUUUUGCAAA